AUGGGAAAUUGUACGGAAAUUUUCUUGGAUGAACGAAAGCCAAUGAUGAUAUUAGAUCCUUAUGGUGGAAGAAUGAGAAAAAUUGCAGAAGACGAUAGUCCUUUUCCUCACAGAGGGCAAUCUGUUAACGUACAACAUCUGAAUUACUGGUCAGAUAACUCUGAAAGGGAAGCCAAUAGAAAAUUGAGAUGGAUUCAAAAUCUACACAAGCAAUUGGAGCCAUUUGUAGCCAACACUCCAAGAACUGGAUAUAUCAAUUACAAAUAUCUUGAUUUGUGGACAAAUGACAAGGAUUAUAGCUACUCGGCUGCAAAAGUCUGGGGUGAAAAGUAUUUCAAGGGAAAUUUCGAAAGACUGGCAAGAGUGAAGGGCAAGGUUGAUCCUGGCAACUUCUACAAAAAUGAAAAAAGCAUCCCGGUCCUAGUAUAG